UCCUGUUCCCGGAUCGGUGAUGGCGGUCUCGCGUACCCGGUGUUGGUGUCUGCUUGCGUUAUUGACGGUCUUUGGAUCUUUGCUUCCAGAACUUGCUCAGGGAACGGAGCCAUCAAUCUGGAGAGUGCCCAUCCAUAGGGAGCAAACAAAGUUCUUCACCUUUAGAAACAUCCUCUUUCGGAAUUCCACAAUCUUUGUAACAUGGGAAAACGGCACCACCUGCGAUUCAUCCCUGAGUUACAGCAUUACAUGGUACCUGCGCUACUGCAGCUGCUACAAUGAAGUCUCUGGUUUUGUGGAGGAUCAGGCUGAAGGUUAUUUGAAUUUGAAGGCUGAGUCUCAUGUCGGAUGGGAUGAUUCCUAUGCUACUUACACAUUCCCUGCACAGACGUGCAAGCAGCUGCUAAAUGCUCAGAGAUAUUAUACGACAUUUCCUCAGCCAGUGUUCACCCAAGAAAAAACAGAGAGGAAGAAUAAUGAAACAAAUAAAAAUGGAACUACAGAGACAGAGCUCUCUGUACUCUCUGCUCCUGUAACGAAUGCUGUCAUGAAAACAUGGAAGGAUGGGCCAUAUCUCUUCAUAAUUCGUGUGGUAACACAGACGCCAGCAGCAAGAUCCAAGAGGAGUAAGGAUUCUACGACUACUGCACCUAUCGACUCAUCUGCUAGCAAUGACCCCACUCUUAACAUGAUUGUGGAAAUACAUAGCCCGUAUCAAUACCUUUCGCUGGCGGACUAUCCACGUAUGGUUUUCUUCAUGGUGAUGUGCAUUAUAUAUGUCCUGUUUGGAGUUUUGUGGCUGGCCUGGUCAGCUUGUUAUUGGAGAGACCUGCUCCGCAUCCAGUUUUGGGUGGGCGCAGUGAUCUUCCUGGGAAUGCUGGAGAAGGCAGUGUUCUACGCAGAGUUCCAGAACAUCCGUUACAAUGGAGAGCCAGUGCAAGGAGCUGUUAUACUUGGAGAGCUCCUUUCAGCUCUGAAAAGAUCUUUGGCACGCAUACUCGUCAUCAUUGUCAGCUUAGGAUAUGGCAUUGUCAAGCCACGCCUGGGUGCCACUCUUCAUAAAGUUGUCAUGGCUGGAGCCCUUUAUCUCUUGUUCUCCGGCAUGGAAGGGGUUCUUCGAGUAACAGGACACUACUUCAGUUCCGCGACAUUGAUAGCAAACAUGAGUCUGGCAUUAAUUGAUGCCUGUAUAAUCUUUUGGAUCUUCAUAAGCCUGACACAGACCAUGAAGCUGUUGAAGUUGAGAAGGAAUGUCGUCAAACUGUCUCUGUAUAGACAUUUCACUAAUACACUCAUCCUUGCUGUAGCAGCAUCAAUUAUAUUUAUUAUCUGGACCACUAUGAAGUUCCGACUGGUGGACUGUCAGUCAGACUGGCAGGAAUUGUGGGUAGAUGAUGCUAUCUGGCGUUUGCUCUUCUCCAUGAUUCUUUUCGUCAUCAUGAUCUUAUGGAGGCCAUCUGCAAAUAACCAGAGGUUUGCCUUCUCUCCGCUGACUGAGGAAGAUGACGAUGAUGAACAGAAGGAACCAAUGCUAAAAGAAAGUUUUGAGGGAAUGAAAAUGAGGAGUGCAAAACAGGAAACCAAUGGAAAUGCUAAAGUAGGCAAAGUGGAGGAUGAUCUGAAGUGGGUAGAAGAGAACAUCCCAUCUUCUGUGACAGACGUGGCACUUCCUGCAUUACUGGACUCAGAUGAGGAGAGAAUGAUUACACACUUUGAAAGGUCAAAGAUGGAGUGAACGGUUCAUUUGGAAGGUCAAAAUAUGCAUCAUAUAUUUGUUCUCAGUGAGAGGAGUGGUGCAGCAUACUGAAUAUUUCAGACUUCUGAGGGUGGCAAAGGACCGGUGUCAGAUCUGAGGCCUUUCGGAUAUGAUUGCUUUCCUUCUGAAAUGCUGAUCCACUUUUAAAUGUCAUAGGACUUAUUCUUGGUUUAUUUUCUGCUGCAGUAUGAAAUGGACUGUACAAUAAAAAAGCUUUUUAACGCUCUUCA